AUGGCACUGCUCAAUCAAGACGUCAGACGAAGUCUGGCACCCAUGCUUCCCAAAAGGGGAAGGCAGAAGUGCAAGGAGAGAGUUCCGGCCAGGGCCUCAAGAGAGCCCGAGCAAAAAGGCAUUCGUGCAAGCGGCGUCAAUAAGACACCCAAGCCUGCUUUGUCCCGGGACGAAAUGUAG